UGAAGAGUGUGUGGAAAAUCACUUUUAUUUUUGUAUUUAUUUGCAAUAAUUACUAAAUAUUUCCAAAGUUUUGGUUUGAAUAAACUCUAAAUAAACAUUUUGUUGUGAUAAUAAUUUGUAUUUAAAUCAAAAGUCAAAACAAAAAUCUAAUUGAUUUGAUUUGGAAAUCCUUUAAAAUGACUAAAGAAGUGGUUCCCAACAGAAAGAUAUCUCAGAAUAACGGCGCGAAGCCCUUCCCGAUUAGAGGCGAUCGCACGACAGCGUACGUCAACAUCCCUCAUGUGAUCGCAAUGGUUGGACUGCCGGCCAGAGGCAAGACAUACAUCGCUAAGAAGUUGACCCGUUAUCUCAAUUGGAUCGGAAUCAACACCAGGGUCUUCAAUGUCGGAGAGUACAGACGACAGGCGACUAAACUCUAUCGCAAUCACGACUUCUUUAGGCCCGACAAUAAGGAUGCGCUCGUCAUUAGAAAUAAGUGCGCGAUCGACGCACUGGACGACAUGUGCUCGUGGCUCGAGGAGGGGACGGGCGAAGUGGCCGUAUAUGACGCGACAAACACUACAUUUGACAGAAGACAACUCAUUUACGAUACGGUUGUCAACAAAUAUGGAUACAAACUGUUUUUUGUCGAAUCCUUUUGCAACGACCCUAACAUUAUUGACGCUAAUAUUAGGGAGGUGAAGGUUCACAGUCCGGACUAUCGGGAUGUCAGUAAUGAAGAUGCACUGAAAGACUUUGUGCAGCGCAUUGAACACUACCAACUGGCUUAUGAACCCCUGGAUGAGGACCGGGAGAAGGAUUUCUCAUUCAUGAAGAUAUAUAACGCCGGCGAAAAGGUGGUGGUCCACAGACACGAGGGACACAUUCAAAGUCGAGUUGUCUAUUAUCUGAUGAAUAUACACAUAAUUCCGCGCUCCAUAUACCUGACCCGUCACGGAGAGAGUGUCUAUAACUUACUCGGAAGGAUAGGCGGAGACGCGGAGCUCUCUGAGAGGGGGUGGGAGUACUCGAAAGCUUUGGCAAAAUAUAUAUCUGAACAGAAUAUUCCUCGUCUUCGAGUCUGGACGUCACAGCUUCAGAGAACAGCACAGACUUCUGAGGCGAUUAAAGCACCACAAGAGAGAUGGAAGGCCUUGAAUGAGAUCGACGCCGGAAUCUGCGAGGAAAUGACUUACGAAGAGAUUCAAACUAAAUAUCCGGAUGAGUUUGCAUUGAGAGAUCAGGACAAGUUUCACUACCGGUACCCAAAGGGAGAGUCAUACGAGGACUUAGUGGCCCGACUCGAGCCCGUAAUCAUGGAACUGGAGCGCCAGGAAAAUGUUCUGGUGGUCGGCCAUCAAGCUGUGUUGCGAUGCCUACUCGCUUACUUCUUGGACAAGAGCUCAGCGGAUAUGCCGUUUAUAAAAGUGCCCCUGCAUACAAUAAUCAAGUUAACGCCGCUGGCAUACGGCUGUCAACUCGAGGAGAUAAUAGUGCCCAUCGCGGCCGUUGACGACCACAAGCUCUUAUAG